ACGUUUGAACAGGAAGUUGCACUUUUCGUAUUUUACCUAACACUAGGGAGCGACUGCGAAUCCCAUCAUAGCUUAUUGUGUUUAUUCCAGCCAUUAUCAGAGAAAGGAGGAUGCAAAUGGGGCCAGGAAAGCAGGGAUUUAUCUUCACUUUGUUCAGCUUUAAUGUGUAGCUAUAAUGGCAAGAAAGACAGUGAGUAGGUGCAGAAAAGUAAACCGUUAAUCGGGUCCACUGGUCUGGUGGGAGGACAUCAUUGUGAGUUUUCCUGUGGACUCUAAAAAUGAGCAGUAUAAAGGAAAAAGGGACUAUUCGGCAGCAGAGCUCCGAGAAUAACUCUGUGAGCAGCAGUGAGUGGGACAUGGCAAACGAUGUGUUUGUGUCCGGUUUUGACGACAGCGUGUUAGCGGACAGCAUCGGUGAUGGGGACCAGGAGUCGGCACAGUCCAGCUUACUGGACACGCGUCUGCCCUUGGAUGGGAUGAUGUUGGGCCUGGAUCGGGUUGAAUAUCCUGCCUCAUCCUAUCUGGAUUUCGAGCCAAACUACACCGAAAGCGAUGGCAACCUUACAACCAAAAAGCGCAUCCGGUCCAACAGCUCCCGGCACCGCGGUGACAUCGUUACAGAGCUGGGGCCAGAGGAGGUCCGCUGGUUUUACAAAGAGGACAAACGGACGUGGAAGCCUUUCGUCGGACACGAUUCUUUAAAAAUCGAGAUCAUCUACCGGCGGCUCGUUGACCAGAACCAGGAUAAGGCCGUAGAUCCCAAUGAAGCCGACGAAAAGGAGACAGCCGGGUCCUCUGAGCUGCAGCCGGAAAGCUCGGCCGUGGACAGUGCAAGUUUCAGGGCGGAACCGGCAGUGCAACAGCUCUCAGUGUCAGAGCAAAUCACAGAGCCGGUCCACAACGGCGGCACCAGCGUGGAGGCAGUGUGUGUCAGAGGGGGCCUUUAUGAAGUGGAUAUCAAAGAAAAGGAAUGCUACCCUGUUUAUUGGAACCAGCAAGACCGAAUUCCUGUGAUGAGGGGCCAGUGGUUCAUUGAUGGAACUUGGCUUCCACUGGAGGAGGAUGAGAGUGAUCUGAUUGAGCAGGAACACCUUUUAUGCUUCCGGGGGCAACAGAUGAGGGACACCUAUGAGAUCGAGGCAGUGACCACCACAGUGGACAGCAAGGACGCUAGCCACAGUCUGAAGCUGAACAGGAGUCAUGUGGACUGGCACAGUGUGGAUGAGGUGUAUCUGUACAGCGAUGCCACCACCUCGAAGAUUGCACGUACUGUAACUCAGAAACUGGGCUUCUCUAAAGCCUCCAGCAGUGGGACACGUCUCCAUCGAGGGUACGUGGAAGAGGCUGCACCUGAAGACACCCCACCUGAAACCACACACAUUGUAUUUGUGGUGCAUGGCAUUGGCCAGAAGAUGGACCAGGGUCGCAUUAUCAGGAACACCAGCAUGAUGAGAGAUGCUGCCAGAAAGAUGGAGGAGAAACACUUCUCAGAUCGCACCACAGAGCAUGUAGAGUUCCUUCCUGUGGAGUGGAGGUCCAAACUAUGUCUCGAUGGAGACACAGUGGACUCCAUCACUCCAGACAAGGUUAGAGGUCUAAGAGACAUGUUGAACAGCAGUGCCAUGGACAUCAUGUACUACACAAGUCCUCUGUACAGAGAUGAG